AUGACCGGGCCAGAUACGCCUGACAACGUGGUCCAGUCUCUUGCGCAGCACCUUGACGACGCUGGUGACACGAGGGCCGCGCUCAGAAAGGUCUGGUUGACCCAUCUCGAGUAUUUGAUGCCAUUGCGCUCCGUGGCCAGCGACGCAGAUCUCGAGAGCUUUCACACAGUUUGCGCCUGGUACCUCACCCCAAACUACCUCCUGCGAUAUGAGCAAGAGCUCGCUGCUCGAGACGUUGAUGUCAUCAACAGCAGCCGCCGCAUCGCUGCCAUCAGCCGCCUCGUCGAGGUCUGGGGCGCCACUGCCAUUUUGAAGAUACGCCAAGGUCUGCGCGACCAGCUGCCGCUGCCUACCGUCCCGAACCGUGACUUCCUCGUGGAGCUCAGCAAGAUUGCCACAGCGCGCUACCAUCUGAGGGCAUUUUUGCAGGACCUUCCGCCAUUCAUCGCAGGCAGAAUCCACACCUGGCGAGCACAGGAUCCGCGCUACGAGAACCACGAGAAGCGGCCUUGCCUGCAAUUCAAGCACUUGAAGGCUUUCUAUCAAGACAAGUACGUGCCGGAAUUUCUUCAAACCGGCAAGGCUAUACUUGCGGCUGAACCUCCUGCAAAGCGUCAAAAGACCGGCGCCAAUACACGAGUCACUCGCACUGUUAGAAGUACAAGCGCUCCAGACAAAGGCGCUGAAGCCUCUGGCUCAGUCGAGGUUGGCGUCUUUCGCCCCGACGACGUCGAGAUCCCUCGGCGGGCAGAUACACCUGAGCGCCAAGUCAACGAUUCCGUCAUCCCGAAUUCAAGCCCUGCUCCAUCGACCGACCUAUCAGAGCAGUCGAAUGAGGCUUGCGCACGGCAUAGCGACACCUUACUCCCCAUUGACAAUACUGUAUGUGAGAACCCUGAGCUGCCAAUCAGCAACGACCCGUCGUUUGCCGACGAGCCUGGAGAAGGCAGCCUUAUCAGCGAGGACAACCCGACCCGGAUCGAGCCCGGCGUCAAUACGAUGCCGCGAACUGGAAAGCAGCCUUCAGAGGCAAUGCGAGCAAGCAAGGAUGUUCAGGAGAAAUUCAACGACUUCGUCCAGCAGUUUGGCAUGAACCCAGCGCUCCAAUGGCUUAUCGAGACGGCGAGGCAACGAGAGGCGCUGCGAGUGCAGGGAAAAGCAGCAAAUGAAGCCUAUACGGCGGCAGAAGAUGCAGUGAGCCGACUGGAAGAGUCAAUCCAAGCAGAAUUGCUGCCCGGCAAGACCUUGAGCGAGGCCAUGACCGACGCACACGAGGACCUACAGAUCACAGAGGACGUCUACAACAGACUGAUGUCGUUGGGAAAGGCUGCACAGGAAUUGCUACCCGAUGUGGCUUCUGCGGGGUUGCAGGGCUCCGCCCAGAUCCAGUUCAAGGUCAACGAGUCAUCAGCCGCCUCCGUCAGAGCGGCCAGGGCUCAAAGGGUCAAAGAUUUGGCCGACUUCGCUGAUGAGCUGCAGGAGAAGGAAGAGGAUCGCACUCGAAAAGAAGAGGAAGCCGACAGGCUGGAAGAGGAGUACGCGCAGAUCAACGCAAAGCAGGAGAAGCUGAGAGGGUUGUUCAACAUGAGACACGACCAGCCGACGCUUGCGGCAUUGGCAAAGCUUCCCUUGCCGUCGGACCUCGGCGCUGUCAGCAUGGACAUGACGGCGCGCUCGAUGGCGCUCAAGGCCGCCCCUGCCAAGUUCGCGACGGAGCUCGUCGAGGGCCUCCAGCGUCUCUGCCCGCCGGCCAGAGCAGUUGCGGCAGCUCCCGCUCCCGCCCCCGACGAGCCUCUGGGCACGACUCUACCGAUGAACGCCUCACAGACGCCGAUCCGAUGA